GAAUAAAAGGAAACAGAAACAGGUGAGGAAGGGACUGAAACGUGAGGCUCUUGUGGUUGGAUUUUGGACCAAGUGAUGGCACUGGUGCAUCAUCAAUUUAUGUUGAUUUUGAAAUGAAAUUUUUUAGACUCCUAAAAAAUCUCUUUUGAAAAUGACACCGACAACAACAUCAUCACCAUCAGCUUGGACUCCUCAAUUUCACUGUUUCUCUGUCCAGCCGCCGACAUCUUUUUGGGCAUCGAAACACCGGUUUUCUCCGAAGGUAGUGGAAUUCGGGAGAGAUUUUGUCUUGUCUUCUUUACAACCCAGAUGCAAUCGAGUUUUAUUAAUUAAUCCAAGUUUUCGCUUUAAAGCAAUUAAUAAAAAUAAUGAUAAUGUGGAGAAUCCCAAAGAGGAGGAGGAGGAAGAGCAGCAGCAAUGUGUUCAAGAUGUGGCAAAAGCAGUGGCCAACAAGAAAGAGAGUGAGAGUGAUACUACGCUCCUGGAUUGGAAAAAAGACCCUUUUUCCAAAUUUCAGGGAAUGAUUGCCACUCUCCCUCCUGUUGUUUUUGUGAUGAGAAGAGCUUCUGGAAGCAAUUUUCUAAUAUGGCUAUGUGUUGCUACUGCAUUUUUGGUUGUUGCUGUGAGAGUAUAUGUGGUUAGGAAGUCGAGGCAAAGCCGUCCUGGCUCUGUAGCUGAUCUUGUUAGACGUGGCCAGCUGAGAUCUGAUAGAAGAGGCAUAUCAAGUCCUCUCAAAUACGAGGAUCCAUUCAAUAAUCCAUUGGUUAAAGUUGGCAAGAGCAAUUCAACCGUUGAGAUGUGUGGAAAGGUUUAUCGCUUAGCUCCAGUUACACUAACCAAAGAACAACAAGCCAUCCAUCAGAGAAGGAGGUCACGAGCAUACCAGUGGAAAAGACCAACAAUUUUCCUUAAAGAAGGGGAUUCAAUACCUCCAAAUGUUGACCCUGACAUGGUCAGAUGGAUUCCUGCAAAUCAUCCUUUUGCAACUACUGCCAGUGACAUUGACGAAGACUUGGCUCAAAACAAUGUUUAUCAAAAGCAUGGUGUUCCUUUCCGUAUUCAGGCUGAGCAUGAGGCGCUACAAAGAAAGCUAGAGACACUACAGAAUGUAAGCACUUCUAAGAUUUAUGCAUCUAUGCCCUGAGGAUUUACAACUAGAAAGGAGAGAAUCAAUCCCAUGCAAUGAGAAUUGCAUCACCCAAAGAGUAACUAAUUUAGAAAACAUGCUGCGGUCCAUUCCUAAUUAACUUUGUAGACCUGUCCAUAUAUCUCGUUUCUGUAUGGUCCUGCAUUAAUCUAUCGUAAUGUUUCUAUUGCC